CUUAUAUCCCAAUCCUCAAAAAAAAAAAAAAUAUGACCACCAUUCAUACUAGUAAAUCAACACCUCUUGCUGGUGUAAGUCGUGAUUCAACCUCCCAAAUAAAAACGAAGCAUCACGUGCAACGUGAGCAAACUGCCGAAUUUGUCAAAACAGAAAUUUUCCAUAUUCUUGCAUGGAAAAACCCUACCCGUUCUGCAUUUUUGUUUGCAUGUUUCAUCAUUGGUGUUUACUUGACAGAGUAUUAUUCUUGGUUUUAUCUCGGAUCGUAUACCUUAACACUUAUUAUUGGUUUCAACCUUAUUGUUGUUGUUGUCACCCAUUUAUGCUCAAAGACAACGCAUGAUAAAUUAGCAAACAAUCCUUACAGGCAAAUAUUAGAAGAUCGAGAAAAUCGUACCUUUGUCAACAAAAAAUCUGUAUUGCACUAUGUAUCCAUGCUCGUUGACAUCUUGGAGAUGAUGCUUUUGGCGUUAAUUGAUAUUGUUUGUGUAAAAGAUAACAAGUCAAGUGUCAAGUGGCUGAUCAUUUCUUUGAUAAGUUUGCUCAUGUCAAGCUUUGUGUCUGGUACAGUGAUUUUUACUUGGGCUAUUGUGGUUGCGUUUGUAUCACUUCCAAUUUAUAGUCGAAACCAAGCAUUGAUCAAUGCACGUAUCCAACAGUUGGGAGGUAUUGUCAAUGCUCGUUUAUAAAAAAAGAAAGACUUACUUUUUACUUUGUCUUGGAACAUGAAUUACCCACUGCUGGAAUCAACUAAAAACAAAAAGCCAAUUAAAUCAAGAUAUCGGAGCCCUCCCCCCUCGUUCUUG